CCCUCCCUGCCGGCAUGGCGGCGGCGGACAUCACGGCGCUCUUCAAGGCCAGCGUCAAGACGGUCAAGACGCGCAACAAGGCGCUGGGCGUCCCGCCCGGAGGGGCCCCCGCCGAGCCCGCCGCCCUCUGGCCCCGGCGCGCCCCGCGGGGAAGGGGCGAGUUCUCCGGCCGGGCGCGCGAGGUGGUUAAUAACAUUGGGAAGCUCAAAGAUUUCCUUCUGCAGCACAGGAAAGACUAUAUCAACACCUAUAGCCAUCUCAUGUCUGAGUAUGUGCGAAUGUCAGACACUGACCGAGAUCAGAUUGACCAAGAUGCCCAAAUCUUCAUGAGAACGUGUGCUGAUGCAAUUGAGCAACUCAGAGCAGAAGCACGCAAGGACAUCCAUUCCCCACAAGUGAAGCAGCACCGAGAAACUGUCUUGGAUUUCAUUGCAGACUAUUUAAAAAGAGUGUGUAAGCUGUAUUCAGAACAAAGAGCAAUACGGGUCAAGCGAGUAGUUGAUAAAAAGAGAUUAUCCAGGCUUGAGCCUGAGCAAAGCAAUAAAGCUACUUCUCCUGGAAAAACACUUGAGACAUCUUCUGAAGAAUUGGAAGAAAAACCUACUUGUGAAGGCAACCAAGAGAGAAGUCUAAUAGAUGAGCAUGCUAAUUUUGGACUUGGUCAAGAUAGCAAAGGAGAAGAUGAGCUUUCCCCUGAAGAAAUCCAAGUGUUUGAGCAGGAAAACCAACGCCUUGUGGGUGAAAUGAACAGCCUGUUUGAUGAAGUGAGGCAGAUUGAAGGGAAAGUAGUUGAAAUAUCUAGACUUCAAGAAAUAUUUACAGAAAAAGUAUUACAACAGGAAGCUGAAAUUGACAAUAUUCACCAGAUAGUUGUGGGUGCAACUGAGAACAUCAAGGAAGGCAAUGAAGACAUAAGAGAGGCAAUCAAGAAUAAUGCUGGAUUUCGAGUAUGGAUCCUCUUCUUCCUUGUAAUGUGCUCCUUUUCUUUACUGUUUUUGGACUGGUACGGAAGCUGAUCCUGGCCUCUACAUCCUAAAACCUGUAGAACCACCUUCAGUAAGGUUUUCCUUGCCAAGUGAUACUGUGUUCCAUGCAUCGUUGUUGCAGAAAUAUGUAUAUAUCAUAUAAAUGUGCCUCUGUAAAUUCUUAACACUCAGGAAUAUCCCAGAACUCAAUAAAGCUUUAGGCAGCAGAAUGAAACUGGGCAGCUGCCAGGAAA